AAAUAGUAGGUUAUAUUUUCUGUGAAUACAUGUUGACAAUUUAUUCGUUCGAAUUCACUUCCAAGAUGAAGACAUCAUAUUUUUGCGUUCUCUUAAUGUCGGUAUUGGUAGUCCAGAUUUCAUCUGAGGAGAUUUCUGAGCUUGAUAAAAUGGCAAUGAGCUUGAUACAUUCUCUGGUUGACGUUGUAGAAAUACCAUAUAGAAAACUUGAAAAUGUUUUAAAUCCAUCUGUAGCUAGUGAAAAAAAAGAACCAUUUUUAAAAGAUAUCCUAGCCAAACUUAAUCGGAAGAAAGAAGAAAUCGAAAAGACCUACUUGGAAUCACUAACACCGGAAGAAAGAGAAUUGGAAAAGAAGAAAUUUAUCGAAUAUGCCAAUAAUUCGAAAAGAAUAGCUAACUCAAUUCGGGACACUAGUAAAGCAGCCAGGUUGAUGAUAAAUACAUAUUUCAACAACCUACCAAAAAAUGUCCAGAACAAGUUAAUUGAUUUGGGAAAAGACCUUAAUAAUAUUUUACAUAAAAUAAAGGCAUAAUCCAAAAACGAAUCUCCUGAUGAAGAAAAUAAAUAACUCUACGUGAUCAAAAUUAUUUGUAAGAACCAACAAAUCAUGUCGUCAAUAUUAUAGAAUCAUUUUAAACUACCUGCGACUAAUGAUUAUGAAUUCAUAUCAAUAAUAUUGUUUUAUUUAUUUAACUAGGUACAUGCAUUUUCAACUAACCUUCUUUGUCGUUUAUAAUGAACUCAAACAUUAAAACAAUACCACUAUAAUAUUGUAAUUUGUAAUAUGUAUGUAGUUUAUUAAUACAUAUUUAUAAUUAUAACUUAUACACAUACGACAUAUCUUAAUAUCUAUAAUAUUUUUUAAUAAAAAAUAAUAACAUAUUUAUUUA